AGGCCUUUGGGUAUGUUAAUACAAUGUCUGUGGCGCGGCACCAUCAGAAUGUACAGGAGCAAAAUAAGCUGGGAGGCAAAACGGGAGACGGAUAAGACAAGGCUUCAACUUCUAUUCUGCCAACGCGAUAUAAUAAAAACGUAUCUCAUGGAUUACAACCAUGCCAACCACAGAACUGUUGUGUAAGAGCCAGGAAAUUACAUAGCUGGAUAAGUAAUUGCUAGUCGACAUUAAGAAGAUACAUUUAUAGCUGCGCUCUUGCUUUUAAAAGAUGGUCUCACGACAGGAUCUGUAAGUGACAAAGGAAUCAGCAAGCACUAAGUCGACAAGGCCUUUGAAACCUCACGUUCCAUACCAAGGAUCCCAGCUCUCUUACUGGAACACUCGCGGAACACUCUGCAUCUCUGAUUAGGUAUGUCUAUCACGGACCACAGCCCCACCACAGGUGUGGUGACGGUCAUCGUCAUCCUCAUCGCCAUUGCCGCGCUGGGUGCCCUCAUUCUGGGCUGCUGGUGCUACCUGCGCCUGCAGCGCAUUGGGCAGUCUGAGGAUGAAGAGAGCAUUGUGGGAGAAGGCGAGACGAAGGAGCCCUUCCUGCUAGUGCAGUACUCCGCCAAGGGACCACGGGUGGAGCACAAGACCAAACUCACCCCCAAUAGCACCGAAAGCAACAGCUAACAGAGUUGGACCUCCCCUGAGACACACACACACACACACACACACACACACACACACAGGUGCUCAUAAGAGCAAAAUGGUGAGAACCACCUUUCAACAUUUCAGUGUACAUUAUCCUCUCAAGCCCUCUGUAUGUGAAUGUCUUUACGAUGAGCAGCACUAAAGAUGUUUAUAAGCACCUUCAUUUUUAAAUCUCAUGCUCCCAAGCAAACAGGAAAGACAAAUGCACUCUUGAGGCAUAAGUGCCCCUCAGUUUUUCAGUGAAGGUUAAAACAAAUGCAUGCACUGAACAUACUUAGAAAGGAAAUAAUUUUUUUCUGAGCCAUUGUGUAUUCUUUUAAUUUUCACUUGAGCCUGGUAAUUAUAUGAAGUUGUAAUAUCCCUGUAAAUACAUUUUUUUUGUAUGUAAUUAUAACUGAAGUACGGGUGAUGGGCAUUUGGCAAAAUGUGCUGACAUGCCCAGAGCUUCACAGUGACGAAGAAUUAACAUUAAUGACUGGUGCACUUUUGAAUAAAGUGGAAGCAAGACAUUGGUAUUUCAGAAGUCUGCUAUAUGUGGUGACAGUGAAGAACAUUUGAAGUCAUGUAUAAUGAGACCAUUGUGGUGCCAGCAGAGAACUUUUUUGCUAACUGGCACACGCUGUUUGGAUCAACUCCAUAUGGAGUAUUCUGAGGUUUUACUUUGUGAUGAAUUGUCUUGGAGACCAAAUAUUGAUUAUGGAGAUGUUUCAUAUGCACAGCAAUAGCUGCUACUUGUUUUGAGAAUUUUGACAGCUUGAGGGAGCCCAUGAUGGAUUUCUAAGAUGCCGUUUCAAGCCACAGUGAAGGAAUAUCCGGAAGGUCCCUUAUUUGCUGAGGGCGGGUGGGUUUAUAUUUGAUCACAGAAUGCUUUAAUGGAACUGAAAGAAUUUGAAAAAUGUCAUUUUUAUACUGUGAUUUAUUCCUC